AUGUACUACUACUGUAGACGGGCUACAAUGAGCGCCGCCGGGCCUGGGCUGGAGGGCUGCUGCGGGGGAGGCGACGGCGGCGGCGGCGGAGGAGCAGGAGCAGGGGGAGGUGGAGGAGAAGGAGGCUGCUGCGGGCGGCUGGUGAACGGAACCCGCGGCUCUGAGCGGGAGAGCGUGGUGGCGGAGGCCCGGGACGACACGACGCUACGGAGGAAGGCACGCAAGGACGGAUUGUUGGCGAACGGCGCCGCCGCUGUUGCGGACGUCACGCGGGAGGGAGGCGAGGAAAGCGAGGGCGCGAGGAAAAAGAGGUGCUGCUGCGGACUCGGUCGCGUGGGGAUCGAUCAGAGCGGAGGACGGAGCCGCGGGAGCGAGAGGACUGCGAUGAGGACGACGACGACGCUUUUCUCAGGGGGUCAGGGAUUUCUGGCUGCCUGUGACGGCCGACCGGAGCCCACGGCAUGCAAGCGGCGUGCGUGCGCUUUCACGCGCACCGCCAAGAGGGUGUGCUGCGGCAGCUCAGACGGAGAAGGGGAGGCUGGUGCGCGCACACGGCGCAGUGGAGGCUCCUGCGUGCCGAGUCCGCCCGGCGAGGCGAAGGCGAACGGGAACGGAACGGCCCGAGGACGCGUGAGGCUGUACCGGGUGCGCUCAUACCUGGCCACUACCAUGGGCCACCACAAUGGGAUGAGUGGAGACGAUGGACCUCAGGUGGACAUUCGGGAGAACUUGGAGGCUCAGGUGCUGAACGGAGCACUCUGGGCGAACGGUGAGCACCCCGCUGAGCGGGGCGGUCCCAGGUCAGCAGUGGCCCGGGUGGAGGAGGCGAAGGGUGAGGCCGGACGGCGGCAGGUGGAGCUGGAAGAGCGCACGGACAGACUGUGGCGGCGACUGCAGGCUGUGCAAGUGAAGCAGGUGGAGAGGCACAUCGCACAGCAGCUGGGUGGGCUGCAAAGGAGGGCCACCGGGCGACGGAGCUCAUUAGAGCUGAGCAGACUGGCACGGAGCUGUGGAGAGGUCCUGCGCACGGCUGGGGGUGCGCUGGACUCGGACCACACGGCCAGCAGUUCUGGAGGGGGCAGUGACAGCGAGGAGGAGGAAGAAGGGAGGCGGCGUGUGUUACCAGCCUCUGUCAGAUCAGUUCGUAUGAGCAGAGAAUGGCAGUGGAUGAGGGACCGGGCGUGGCUGGGCAGCAGGUGGGUGUGGCUACAGGCUCAGGUGUCAGAGCUGGAAUAUCGGAUUCGCGCGUUGACGGAACUCUACACGCACCUCAGACAGGGCAAGGUGAGAGCGACUCACUCAGUCCCUGAAACGCCCCUCAGAGCACCGAGACCCCUGCGUACAUCCCUCGACUGCAGGUCAUCCACUGUUGGUGAUCCUCUCAGGAAGAUGGAUGACGCCGCCCUCUCAACACUAACCCCACCUAGUCCACCUUCAUCUGCGGCGCGGGUUCGCCCAUUACUGCGGCAACGCCGGCACAGGCUUAUCCGCCUAGAGGGGUGUGCUGCCCUUGGGUCAAAGCCCAUGACCUUGCCUUGCUGCUGCGUGCCCCCAACAGUGUGUGUCUUAUGUGGUGCUGCUCCCCCAGCUGAGAAGGAGAAACGUGCGUGGAUGCGUCAGAAAGAGCUGGAUCCGUGUGUUCAUUCUGUUCUCUCCAUGCCCUCAGAUUUUCCUCUUGCGUUACAUUGUGGGACGCCCCCGCUGGCCGGGCCUCAGUCACACAGUGCCGUGCGGUGGACGAGCAUUGCAGCGUCCUCGUGGUUGAGUAGGCGGGGUCAGGGCCCUCAGAGGGCGGGGCGAGCAAGACGAAGGCUGGUGUGUCCUCGGCCACCAAAUGCACUGCCACUUUCGUUCAACACGACCAGUGGUUCCAACUGCAGGAUUCAGAGAGGAGUGGUCAGCCCAGGCUUCUUUCCUCAGCGAGCCUCUGAUCUUUCCCCUCUGCCUGCCAUGCCCCCAGCCACAGACACACCCACACAGCCCUUGCGGAGGAGGAGAGGGGAGAGCUCAUUUGACAUUGAUAACUUGGUAAUGCCUCUGGGCCUGGCUGGACUAGGUGCAAGAGUGCAGAGACUUCAGUACAAAGAGAUUAUCACCCCCAGCUGGAGAGAGCUGGACUCUGUCUGUGGGGCCUCUGAGGCACUGGUGGAUGCAGGCAGUCACUCUGAAAACCACUCUGAUGUGCCAUACCAGCCUGAUGGGGACAGACCUGAAGACGAAAGUGAGGUGGAGGAUCUCUCUGAUGUUGUGUUUCUGAAGCGGCAUGCUGUUUGCGAGAGCAGAGAGAGGAGCCGCUGGGGGAGCUGGGCUCAAAGACGCCGCCGGGGCAGAUCCUCCUCCUCCUAUCAUGGGGAUGGGAAGAGCUCCAGGGGGUUAGAGCAGGCCCCCUGCUCACCAGACACCAGGCAGGGGCACUUUGCUGAGGGAGACACCUCGCCAUGUAGCCCCCUGUGCUCUGGAGCAGACGAUCCCUUCUACCAGAUGGAGGAUGAACAGCAGACUGUGCAGCCAUGGGAGUGCAGGUCGUUCCCCCUGCUGGAGGCGGAGCUCCGGUGGCUGCAGAACGAUGAGGAGCUGGAUCCCGAAGAGGAUGCAUGUGCGGCCAGCGGCCGCAGCCAGAGCACGGACUCAGGCAUCUCAGUGGGCAGCCUGGAGCUCUCGCCGAGGACCCCUCAACCACAUCAGCAGCAGUUGGGCACGGAGCCUGCUGGCCCGCAAACGCUUUCCUGCAAACCAGCCGCCCCAACAACUCAGGAUUCUGCCUCUCUCCUACCUUCCUUAGCCCCAGCCCUCUUGCUUUCCUCCCAGCUACACUCUCCCAUCUCACCUCGUGCCCAUACCGCUAUGUCCAGUCACCGAGUCAGCAGGACCGAUGCCAGUCCAUUCUGAAUCAGAUUGGAGAAGGCACCUAUGUAUGAAAUAGCCUUUUGCAACCUAUCCCAUUUAUUGCAAUAUUAAAACAUCUUAUUUAACCACUCAGCCAUACUAAUUAAACCAACCAUCACUAGUACUGCUGUCCUGUUAUUAUUUUUAUUUAUUUAUUUUUUUUUCACCCUGCUCUUGAACAUUCUGGACCCUCCUAUCACAUCAACCUUAAUGAGCUUGUUCCUGCAACCCUUGUCUAUGUCCAGGUGAAUCACCACCUGCUCAUUCCACCCAAAUCGUUUUCACCAAAACCACUUUCAUUCUUUUGUACUCAGCUGUUCUUAUAACUCUAGUUCUAACAUAACCUCCUUAUUCCCUUAAAAACAAAUUUCUUCCUAGAUAAAACUGCACUCCCUACCUGCCAAACUUCAUACCCAAGCUUCUUCCUUGUCCACUCUCCUCUCAUUCACCUUCUUCAAUCCUCCUUGUUCUAUAUGGGAUAGAUGGGCUGACUCGUUCACUUGCUUGAAGAUGUUUUCUGUUGUUCGUUCAUUUUCCGGACCUGUCUAAAGCAUUAUUCUCCCUCUCUCGCUGUUGAGUUGAUCUAAACAUGAGAAUGUCUUGUUAACGUUUCGUGUUUCCAUUGCUCUCAUUCUGUAUGUCAAGCACUAGUUUCCUGGAGCAAGAGAUUUGCCCACAACACAAGGACAAACUUAACAACAUACAGCAUAAAUGCACUACAUAUUACCCAUCUUGUCUUACGUGACCUUUUCUUGAUCAUACCGUUGAAUACAUGUAUUCCAUACAGAUGUAUACAUAUUGUUACUCACAACUUUGAGAUAUAUAUAUAUAUAUAUAAAAAUAAAUGUGUGUAUAUAUCUCUUGACUCCGCAUCAAACGUUGUGACCGUCGGUAGCCCCAUGUCUGUUUGAAUCAGCUCAACACAAGAUGUAUGCCUUUGUUCUGUGAAGUAUAACGUGUGUAUACACAUAAACAGCGUAUACGUGUGUCUGUCCCUGUGUGUGUUUUGGACAGGUCCGUUACACUGCUGAAUCAAGGGUGUGCCAGUUAAAAAAAAGUCAUUUUGUAGAAAAAGUACACAAGAAAAAAAUGGAACUAUGACUUGAAACACAUUGCUCCCAUUGCAAAGCUGAAAUAAAGGGGGGA